GGCCAUCUGGCCUUACCUACGAAAUUCCCUCACCGGAUGAACUGAAACGUCUCUGAAUACUCGACUUGAUUACACUCUUCGUCUACGACCUAAUAAUGAAUCCCUUGGUGAGCUGGGCGCUGCUGCUCGUCGUGGCAGGCGGCCUCGGAUAUUAUUACACCAAUGGCCCCAACGCCAAAGGCAAACCGGUCAUCAAGCCUCUGCUCGAGAAAGUUGAUAACAUCCCCGCUGCCGCAAAGAAGCAGAAGCGGAAGGUCCGCAAGUCGCCCGAGCCUGCUGCUGCCCCCGCCAGGCCCGUUGAGGCCACCCCCGUGAUUGCCGUCACGGAAAACGAGCGACCGGAGCAGGACGUCGACCAGAAGGAGAUGGCCAGACGCCUCACCGCCGCGAAGAAUGGCACCCCCCUGGCCACCAGCGCUGGCAAUAAGAAGAAGAAGGCCGGCAGCAGCGAGCGUUCGGUCUCCAGUGUGUCGACCCGUACCUCUUCCACCGCUGGUGCUGAUGCGGACGAUGAUCUGUCCCCCGCCACCUCGCCUGUGGUGCAGGCCACCGUCCCCGGUAGUGCAGGAUACGUCUCUGACAUGCUCGAGGCUCCCGCGCCGGCCGCUUCUGUCCUCCGCGUGACCGGGUCGCUGCCUGAGGAGCAGCCCAAGAAGCAGAAGGCCCAGACCUUCAAGCCCGUCGAGACAAAGAAGCAGCGUCAGCAGCGCCUCAAAAACGAGGCCCGCAAGCAACAGGUCCAGGAGGCCGAGGAGCAGCGUCGCAAGCUGCUUGAGAAGCAGAUGCACACCGCCCGCGAGUCUGAGCGCCGCGAGGCGGCCGCCAAGGCCCAGCGGGCGCCCACCACGAACGCCUGGGCCGCCAAGGAUGUGACCAACGUGGCGUCCUCUUCCUCCUCCAGCUCAGCUCCGGCGGCGGCCGCCAAGAACAUCAAGAAGACCGUGGAACUGCUGGACACCUUUGAUGCCAAGGAGAACCAACCGGUCUCGUCCUCCUCCUCGAAAUGGACCCAGGAGGAGCUUCCUACAGAGGAAGAGCAGUUGCGGCUGCUGGGCGCAUCCACCACCGAGGACGAGUGGACCACCGUCUCCAAGAAGCCCAAGAAGAAGGGCGGCAAGACGGACGAGAGCGUCAGCGAGGCCUCCGCUUCGGAGAGCCAACCCUACGUCGCCGCCGCCGCCGCUCCCGCCGUGAAGCCCGUGGAGCUGCCCGCGGUUACCCAGGUCUACAUCCCGGACAUCCUGCGCAACCAGGGCAAGGGACACCCUCUGGACUCGGACUGGGCAGCUUAAAUGUCAACCUCUCCAGUCUUCUCCUUUCCCCCCUCCCCCCCUCCCUCCUACAACCUCAUAACCUGGAAUGUCCGUCCCUUUCUUCUCUUCACUGUAUUAUGAGGAUCGCUAGUUUAACUACUACAAACCCACCUACCUGUACUUAUUCUUGAUCCAUGGUUUUGGCGUUCUGGCUGAUUUGACCUGAUGUAUACCAAAAGUGCCACCUGGAGAGAAGGUCUACCUGUUGCACAAAAAUGAGCUGAGCCGAAUCGAACACAACUAAAUCGAAAAAAAAAACACCAAAUCUUGCUUGUUAUUCUAUUUUUUUUUUUUUUUUUUUUUUUCAAU